AUGGCUCCAUCAUCAUCCACGCCGAACAAUAUAGAUCCUGGGGAUGCUGCCGCCGUCCCAAGUCCAACCAUCGCAAGUCUCCAAGACUCCUCAGCCUUUCCAAACCUCUGGUAUCGAAUACACGUUUUAAUCGCCGAUCUCAAGAGCUUUGACAAACCCACGUCCAAUAAACGGCUCGAGAAGAUCAUUGACCCAUCCUUCAUCGGCGAACCCUACUUCACUCCGAAAGAAGCAGAGACAAUCAAAAAGACCAUUAUCAACGGCAAGGAGUUCUCACAGGUUGUUGAAGAGGAACUGAAUAAGCGUCUCGAUCGACGUAACAAGAAACGUUUCGAAAGCGGCGACUUCCGCGUUUGUGCCGCCCACGAUCUUGCUCCUAUAAUGGCACAGGCACUGGGUAUCGACUUGAAGCGGCUGGAAAAGGACAAGCAAUUUGCAAAUCUGGUCGAGGAAAAAGGACUUCACUUGGAAGGAGAAAACUGGGGUGGGUUAAAGAAGAAGUCAUUUGCCCCUAAAACCAGAAAACGCCGGUGA